UCCAGCGAACUGACUAGAAAGAAAAAAUAAAAGCAGAGCCCCAUCCUUUCUCGUCUCAGGAGCCAACACCAAGCUCCAGCAAUGGCGGCAAUCGCCUCGUUCCCCUCUUCUCUCCUCUGCCAUCGCACUCUCGCACAAUCCCCUGCUCCAUCUCCUUCUCUCUCUUUCUCUUCACCUACUUCUCUUCGUCUCAAGAGAAUCGCCCCCUCGAGGAGCAAAAUGGCCAUCAUCAAAGCCGUGGCCGAGGAAGAAACCCUAGCUCCGGCGGCGGCUGUGGCUGAAGAUACGGAGGCCGUUUCAGUCGCCGUUUCUCCUUCUGACAUGCUUACCAUGUUCUUCAAGGCUGAAGGAAUGCUGGAUGAAUCGGGGAUCAGUAAGGUGUCCAAGGCUCUGGAGGAAGUUGAAGGAGUUGGUGAUUUGAAGGUGCAAGUAGCCGAGGGCAUUGCUAGCGUGGAGUUAACAAAACAAACAACUUUGCAAGCAACAGGAGUGGCUUCUAACUUGGUCGAAGUAAUACAGGGUUCAGGCUUCAAGUUGCAGACUCUAAACUUGAGUUUUGAGGAUGAUGAAGGCGUUGUAAGCUAAUUUUGUGCGGUGAUCCAUGGUGCUAUUAGCUAAUUUUUGUCUAUAUUGUUGUAUUACAUUAAACAUUUCAUGUAAUCUUUUAGCAUCCGCUUCUGAUGCGACUUUAGCAACAUGCUUCUUGGUUAAAUUGGCAAUCUUAAAAUUGCAAGAGCUAUGGAUUUUUGCUUA